AUGGAAAUGUCGAACUUAAGAACGAAUUUAAUCAAGGAAAAUGGAGGGGCCCGAUCGAUUAAGGUUUCUAAUAGGAACGUUUAUUUAUAUCUAUACGUCACAUUUCGUUCACUGGUUAACGGAAACUUGAUUUCAACGACGAAUUCACGAAAUUCAAAUUGCUUGUUAAUUACAGCGAACCGAAACGGAGUCGAUCGACGAAUUCAAUGUUUGCGAUUAUUAGGAGAUCUUCUUGGAAUUGACGAUUAUGCCACGAACAUGGCGUCCUUUUGGUUCUUGGAUACAUUGGUCCUUUACAUGAUACGAUACAGAGAGAAUCUCGAUGAGUAUUACAUGAGUGUUUUGGUCAGUUGGUUGGCUGGGGAAAUUAGAUUACUCCGAGAUAGGAAACAUACUCGGGAAGGAUUUUUUAGAGAUUUGAAAAACAUUUUCAUCGCAGCAGCUAACAAAAUAUCUGAACAGAAACAAAUGCCAUAUUGGGACGAAAUCGUGGACGAACGCGAAGCAGGUGAAGAAAUAGAAGAAAGACUGUCGACAGGAAAUCAAUCGAUAAGAAGUUUACGAGAACCUUCUUCUCAAGCUGACAUCAAACUUUCGGGUACUAUCGAUCCAGUUUCAGUAUUAGAUAUCGUGAUUGAAGCUACUUACGAUAUGUACGCGAACGAGCUACGAUACGCCCUCGUUUACGCGGUUUUCGUGGAACCAAUUGAGAUAGAGACUUACAAUUUACCAUUUACUUUCCGGACACCGCGCCCAGUGAAACCGGCAGAUCCUAAGAUGAUCCCUUUUAAUAUGCAAUUGCAAAGAAGUUUGAAGAAAAUCGAGACAAUGGACAAAUCUAAAAAGGACAAUAAAGCAGGCAAAAAACUUAAAACAAAUUACAAAAUACCCCCAACACCUCCGCCUUCUUUGGACGAUGAAGUAAUGUUGUUGACCAAUCGGUUAUUUAUUCUGCCAUUAAUAGAAGCGAACGAAGCUUCGGAAAUAUUCGAGACGCCUGAUGCAUAACAUUAAAUAACCGAACACGCAAAUAUUUGGAAAACGUCCUCUUUAUUUUUCCUUUGUAAAACUAGCCAUUGGACGAAGUUACAAUAUCAGUCUGUUACGAGGACUGUACCCCAUUCAUAACACUUAAAAUCUUUAAUACUCUCCGGACGUAA